CAACCGUUUCUUGUCACAUCUAUCUAUCCCCAGUUUCUCCCUUCCUCUGCAACUGGAUUUACUCUCUUUUCUUCCAGAGAUUCACCGCCAAUCGGGGAAAUUCAGUUCAUACGGUUUCUCGAUUUCAAUUGAUUGAACAAUUUCGAACCGGUUUAGGUUUCGGAUUUUGAUAGGAGAAUUUCUUUCGGUAUGAAGAUGAAAGACGAGAUUCCUGGAUACGAGGGGGAAGAUGAGGAGAUGAUGGACGAGAUUGCGGCAGCGCCUAGUAAGUACGCGGUGGUUGUCGGCUAUGCUCUCACUUCCAAAAAAACUAAGAGCUUUUUGCAGCCCAAGCUCGAACGUCUAGCUAGAAAGAAGGGAAUACUAUUUAUUGCUAUAGAUGAAAGUAGACCUCUUUCUGAACAAGGUCCUUUUGAUAUAAUGCUCCAUAAGUUAACAGGAAAGAAGUGGCAGAGUAUUCUUGAGGAUUACAGGAUGAAACAUCCAGAGGUGACAGUACUUGAUCCCCCCAGAUGCAAUAGAGCAUCUGUAUAGUCGUCAAUCCAUGCUUCAAGAUGUUGCAGACUUGAAGAUGUCAGAUUCAUAUGGAAAAGUUUGUGUUCCCCGACAAUUGGUUAUUGAGGAUGAUCCUUCCUCAAUUCCAGCAGCUGUGAGUAAUGCUCAACUGAGAUUACCUCUUGUUGCAAAGCCAUUGGUUGCAAAAUCGCAUGAGUUAUCACUUGCAUAUGAUAAACUUUCCCUUCAGAAACUUGAACCACCCCUUGUGCUGCAAGAGUUUAUAAACCAUGGUGGAGUCAUGUUUAAGGUUUAUAUUGUUGGGGAAGCGAUUAAGGUGGUUAGACGGUUUUCAUUACCAGACGUUGGUAGACGCGAAGCAUCAAAGAGUUGUGGGGUUUUCCGUUUUCCAAGGGUUUCCAGUGCAGCUGCAUCUGCUGAUGAUGCUGAGGAUUUAGACCCUUCGGUUGCCGAACUUCCUCCACGGCCGUUGCUUGAGAGACUUGCUAGGGAGCUUCGUCGUCGACUGGGCCUGCGGCUCUUCAACCUAGAUAUUAUUAGAGAACAUGGAACCAAGGACCGCUACUAUGUCAUAGAUAUCAAUUAUUUUCCAGGAUAUGGGAAGAUGCCGGAAUAUGAGCACAUUUUUACAGAUUUUCUCCUCAGUCUAGUGAAGCACAAGGUAUUAUUAUUGAAGCUGCCUGCACAAUAAGCCACCCUGUUUCUGUUCUUUUGUUUUUUAAACCCAUUUCCACCCACUCUUUCCAUCUGCUAUGCCCAUUCCUUUCGUGGCAAUGAAUGGGUUUAUGUAUAUUUUUCUGAACUUUGCACAUUGACACUUUUUGAAGUAGCUGUGGGUUCACAAAUUCGUUUUCUUUAAAACUGUGUUCGAGAGUGAAGGUGGGAU